UAUAACAGUUAACGCAACUACCGUCAGUGUGUGAGAGUGUGGUGUUAGAGCGUUAAUGAAAAACGACAUGUAUUUGAAUAUGAGCAGAAAUAAUAUGUCACAAAAUGUAUUGGAUGAAUUAAAUGAUCGGUAUGCAACAACGCUUUUACCACUUACUAUUGUCCUUGGUGUUUUUGGAAUUGUCGGAAUAUUUGGAAAUAUAUUUGUGUUCAUUGUUUAUGGAUGCGGCAAGAAAUUUAAGGAUAGAAAAUUCAGGUACUUUGUGGUAUCAUUGGGUUUAAUAGACUUUCUGACUUGCUUAACACUGAUACCAGCCGAAAUUCUAAAACACCGGACCUAUUUCAAUUUUACGGAACGUCACUUGUGCAAGAUGAAAUGUUUCAUGAAUGUUUUUGCAGCUGCCGGAGCGUCUUACUGUUUGAUGUUGGUGGCCGUCGACAGAUAUAUUCUGACCGGUCGACCCAUGGUGUGUAAGAAAGUUCCCAAGAUUUCACAUACCUGGGCUUGGCGUCUCUGUUUAAUUAUGUUAUUGAUGGCUGUCCUCACAUCAAUACCCGCGGGGGUGCUAUGUGGAAGUACGUAUGACGUCAAUACCGACGUGUCCGUGAACGUUACCGCUGAAAUCUACGCUUGUGAAAGUGAACCGUAUUUUGAGGACGGGAUAUCUCGUUACGUAUAUAGGAUAUUUCUCAGUGUCAUACAGAUUUUAAUUAGUCUGCUGAUGAUAGUUUUGUACGCGAGGAUAGGACACACAGUACUUCAAGCAAUGAAGAUUCGCGAAGCCCGAGACCCGCAUGACAUGCAGAUGUACGACUACCGCGCCCACUGGAAGCCACGUCCCAAGAAUGGCGGACAACAGCUCGGAACGCCAAUGUGCGGGCCGCAUCGCCAAGAUCACCAGCAUCAUCACCAUCAUCAUCAAUUUCCGGCCAAUAUUAAGCUGCUUUUUAUUGUCACUGUUGUGUUUAUUGUGACGUAUGUAUUGUAUUUAGCACUCUCUUGGAUAGAUCAGAAACAAUUAACACAGACUCAGUUCUUGGUAUUGUCCAUGUUUUAUAGAAGUUACUUUAUUCACAGUAUCAUAAACCCAAUUCUGUAUCUUAAAAUGGAUAAACAUUUUAGGGGAAAAUGUCGGAGAUUUAUGAAGAGCCUUUUUUGUGUUGAGAAAUUACGUCGAGUAUGUCGUAGAUAUUAA